AUGGACUUUGAAAACACAUUAGCGCAACAUGCACUUGGUGUUGAGUGGAAUGUGCAGACCGACAGAUUCCAGAUCGGUGCUUUUAGGAAAAGUAAGCCAGUCACCAGACGUGGAAUCCUCUCAGUGUUGACAGGGGUGACAAUCGAUCGUUGUUACAGACCGUCAAACUUUGAGAACGUGGAGUCGGUACAGAUUCACCACUUUGCAGAUGCAUCAGAGAAAGGCUAUGGUGCAGUGUCAUACUUCAGGUUUGUGGAUGCUGCAGGGACGAAGCAUUGUUCAUUCAUUAUGGGCAAGUCCAGGUUAGCACCGGUGAAAGCAGUUACAAUACCGAGGCUAGAGUUGAUGGCAGCAGCAUUGGCUGCAAGUCUGGAUCAGAAGACCAAAGAAGAGAGUAAAAUUCCUGUGCAUAACACAUUAUUCUGGACGGACUCAAUGGUUGUAUUGAGAUACAUACAGAACGAAUCCAAGAGAUUCAAGGCAUUUGUAGCCAACCGUGUGAGUGUUAUUCAGAAGAGUUCGUCGCCAAGUCCAUGA